AUGCAACCCAUAAACAAUAUUGUUAGUGAACACAUAUCUACCGGUUCCUCAUGUUAUAAACUUGAUCCUUUGCCAGAAUUUCAUUCCAAAGAAAUAUCAAUAAAACGUAGUCCAGAUCCAUAUCCAAACGAAUUCUGCAGUCUCAAUCCACAACACGAUGAUGACUUAUACAAAUCUGUACGUUCUCUGGAUGAACUUGAGGAAAAUUUUAUUCAUUCUCCUGAAGAAACUUUACUCCUUACAAAUGUCAACGGCUUUUGGAAACAAGAAAAUAUCAAGUGGUCAUCAAAUAGUCCUAAAUUUUCACCUCCAACGAGUCCAUCGUUUUCCUACCAAUCUAUUUCUUCAGAUUGUCUUAGCGACGAACCUGAACACAAACCUCAACCUUUCCUACGUUCUCAUCAUGACAGCAGCUCUGAAGAAGUAAGCAGAGAUGACGAAGUGAAAGAAGAUAUAAAGUCUGUCAGACCCACUUUUAUGCGGCAUAUGCAGUUUCCUACUAAGAUUCGCAGUCAGUGGAAGCAAAAUUUCAACAAAUCUCACAUUGUCAGAAGCAGUCUAACUUCUACAGCACGUAAGAAAGCCUUACUAGCUAAAGCAGUCAGUCGCAAGAUGAUGUAUUCACAGUUAUCUAAAUCCACCUCUGUCCAACUAAAUCAAGAACCUUGGCAAGUUGGAGAGCUGGUUUGGGCUCGUCCUAAUUGGCCCGAAAACUUGCCUUGGUGGCCAGCCAUAGUAACUGAAAAAACCGAAAAAGUACCAAGCCAAGGGCUUUGUAAAAUGAGUGCAUCUUAUUCAAUUAGAUUUUUAUUAGUUGUUAGUGUAUCAAAUUACAGUAGAGGUUUGAAGUCUACAAAUGAUUUUAAUGAUGAAACAGUGCCCACAUUUCGAGUUUGCCUCUUGGGUAUUAUUCGACCGUUGUCUUUUCUAACACUCCCACAAACUCGUUUACGAUUAUUUUCUGGUCGAGAAGAAUUCGAAUCGUUUCUCCGUCAAACUGUUUUAGAAGCAAAAGAUAAAGUUCGGGCAUUACGUCAAUUUACUGUUCACCCAAGUUUACAAUCAGCUUGGCAUCGUGCUAGAGAGGCUGCAGUGGCAGCUAAAUUGACUAAACCAGCGCCAACUGACCGAUUAGCACUGUUUCCAUGGGCAACCGAGCCUUCAUUCCGUAAACUGGAUCCACUUUCAGAAUUUGUUAGAAAAAAUACUGGAAAGUUCACCUUAUACUCUAAAUCACGUAAACGUCCAUACCGAGAUGAGACCAGUGAAGGUGGGUCAUUUUUGUCGUCAUCAUCAGAUGAUUCAGCCACCUCUGUAGCAUCUGACAGUGAUAUAGAUUCUAAAGGAAAACAUCAUCGUCCCAGUUCGUAUAUUUCUUCUUCUACAUCAACUAGUUCCAUCGGUCAUAGAAAACGGUUGAAAUUACCAAAUGAUAGUUCCAAGAAUGAAAAAACUGGUCAACGUUGGAUAGAUUUAGCGAAUAGUUUUGAAUUUGAAAAAUUGCGUUUUGGUCAUACAACACCAAAACAUCAUUUUAUGUGUAGUGUUUGUGGUGAGAUCAAUAAUAACACCUCAGUAACAAUCAACAGUCAUUCAACAGUAAACACUGCACAACCAAUUUUAUCCGAUGUAGCACAUACAACACAGUUAGAUUCACAGAGAAAUUGUAAUCAAGUAUCACAACAACAUCUUGAUAAAUUAGAUAGUGUAAUUAUGCCAUGUGUUGGUUAUUGUGGAAAUUAUUUACAUUUGAAUUGUGCUCCAUAUAUAUUUUAUAGAAGUAUUAAACAAAAAAUCCCCGAUCAUAAUGGUACGGACGAUAGUAAUCAUCAAGUAAUAACAAUGAGUAAUAAUAUAAAAGAUAUUAAAUGUUCAAUGACAAAAGAUCUAACAGUAACAUCUGUAAUAAAUAAUGAUUCACUACAACCUAACCCAGUUUGUAAUCUCUGUUUAGCUGGAUUAAGACAGUGUUUUAUUUGUUAUCUUACCCAUCCAGAUCCUCAUCUAUUAACACUUCAAGGAUCCAGUUGUUCAGAAACUCCUUCUGUGGAUCAUGCAAUUUCAGAUUCAUCUGUUGUUGAUAAAAUAUCUCCGAAGUAA